AUGGGACAUGAGUUCACUGGAACUGUUGUUAAAAUUGGCUCAGCCGUAAGAACCAUCAGCAUCGGCGAUAAGGUCGUUGCCCCUUUUACAGCAUCCUGUGGUAACUGUUUCUUCUGUAACAACGGUUGCUCAGCCCGCUGUGUUGAGAGUCAACUGUUUGGUUGCGAGACCCUCGACGGAGGACAGGCCGAGUACGUUCGGAUUCCUAUGGCUGAUGGAACAGCAGUCAAGGCUCCGGCCACCGUAUCGGACCAGGCUCUUUUGCUCAUGGCGGACAUCUUCCCCACAGGUUUCUAUGGCGUUAAGAGUGCUAUAGAUUUGGCCCCUUCACAAAGCAUUAAAGAUGCUACACUCGUUAUUAUCGGUUGUGGCCCAGUCGGACUCUGUGCCAUUCUGGCGGCCACUCAUUUCAAGCCUCGCCACCUCUUUGCCAUUGAUAGCGUGGACAGCCGUCUAGAGCAAGCUCGCAAGCUUGGCGCAGAGCCACUCAAUUUCGAGACCGAUAGAGCAGGAUUGGAGGCUAGAAUAAAGGAGGUGACAGAAGGGCGAGGCGCCGACAUGGUAGUUGAAGUUGUUGGCCAAGCGCCAGCUUUGAGAACGGCAUUUGAUAUCGUGCGACCUUUCGGUGCCAUUAGCAGCAUUGGUGUCCACAAUAAAGAGAUUCCAUGGACAGGUGACGACGCGUAUACGAAGAACAUUCGAGUGCAGAUGGGUCGCUGCCCCGUUCGCAGCGUGUUUGACGAAGCUCUUAAACUGCUGGAGCAGAAGCAAGAUCAAAUUGGAUUCCUGUUUGAUCAUAUCAUGCCACUUGAACAAGCCCCGGAAGGAUACACACUCUUCGAGCAGCGCAAGACGCAGAAAGUGGUUUUCACGCUGUCACAGGAGUAG